ACAUUAUAUUUCCAAAGCUUCUCUAUACCUCAGAACUCCCCUCUUUCACUUGAGAGUGUCAACCUAGAGAAAAAAAUAAGCGUAAAUUUUUAAUCAAAAUUAGCAAAUGUAAAUCAUCAGCACUGAUUUUAGGGUUUCAAAUUGCUGUUUACAGUGGUUUAUUUAAAAAUGGACGCUGUUCCUAUUAUGAUUCUGCCUCAGAAUCGCACUCCUCCUGAUGAGUCGUAUUCGCGAGAGCGUAAACGGAUAAAACUGUCUAAUAAUGGAGAGGAAUUUAGUAGUUCAUUAAUUAACAGUGGAACUAGGGAAAACAACAAGUUAAAGGCGACUUGUUCGAAAGCUGUUGAUUAUUCUGAUCCAUUGGCUAUAUCGAGUAUGAUCAGUAAAUUAGAUUCUGGUAAAUAUGGAAGUGUUACGAAAGACAUAGAAGCUCUCAUUGCUCGAAAAUUUCUUGUGCUUUCGCCCUAUCUUAAGAAGCAUCCUAUACUUUCUGGUGUCUUAUUUGAUGGGAAAAAGACAUCAACUGAAGAAGAGGGUUCUAAGGCGCAGCCGGAUUUCAUUGAUUUGGAGGAUGAUAAUGCUGUAACUUGUCGUCCAGCUAUAGCUAACCAGCCUGUUGUGAUUUUGGAUUCGGAUGACGAAGAUGAUGUAGACUGCAGGCCAACUCAUCCAUUCCAAGAUAUUUUCUUGCCGAGGCCUGCACCGCAACUUCUCAUGAAUACACCAGUUAGGGUUAGGAUUCAUGGGAACAGCCAUCAAAAUAUGAUACUGCCAAAUGAAAUUGAUAUGAAGAGUGAGAAAAGUCUGCCAAAUGAAAUUGAUAUGAAGAGUGAGAAAGGUGUUUAUGUUGGUGUAGAGGAGGAUGAUGACUGUAAAUCUGAGCCUGAAGAUGAUGGUCUUGGAGAUAUUUGGAAUGAAAUGUCGGUAGCAAUGGAAUCUUCUAAGGAUGUUGCUGAGAAUCCUGCAUCAGAUGAACACUCGCAAGAAGAUGAAGACUAUUGUGAUCACUCUUUUGUGCUGAAGGAUGAUAUUGGUUAUGUUUGUCGCAUAUGCGGGGUUAUUAAGAGAGGAAUUGAGACCAUUAUUGAGGUUCAGUAUAUCAAAAAAAAGAGUAUGCGGACAUAUGUAUCUGAAUCCAGAAAUGCCAAGGACAGAGAUUCAAACUCUAUGGUUGGGGUUGAAUUGUCUGCAGAUGAUAUGACAGUAACUGACAUCUCUGCUCAUCCGAGGCACAUGAAGCAGAUGAAACCUCAUCAAGUGGAAGGUUUCAAUUUCCUUCGAAGUAACUUAGUGACAGAUAAUCCUGGAGGCUGUAUUUUGGCCCAUGCUCCUGGAUCUGGGAAAACGUUCAUGAUCAUCAGUUUCAUGCAGAGUUUCCUAGCGAAAUACCCACAUGCUCGACCACUAGUUAUACUUCCAAAAGGAAUUUUGUCUACAUGGAAAAAAGAGUUUCAAAUAUGGCAAGUUGAAAAUCUUCCGCUGUAUGAUUUUUAUAGCGCGAAAGCAGAUAGUCGAUUACAGCAACUGGAGAUCUUGAAACAGUGGGUGGAGCACAAGAGCAUUCUUUUCUUGGGCUACAAACAAUUCUCCUCUAUUGUUUGUGACGAUUCAAACAAUAAAGUUGCAGCUAAUUGUCAAGAGAUACUACUCAAGCGACCUUCAAUACUAAUUCUAGAUGAAGGGCACACGCCAAGGAAUGAGAACACUGAUGUUUUACAAUCCCUUGCUAAAGUGCAGACACCUCGAAAAGUUGUUCUUUCAGGAACCCUUUACCAAAAUCAUGUCAAGGAGGUAUUCAAUAUACUGAAUCUUGUUCGUCCAAAGUUUCUGAGGUUGGAUAUGUCUAGGGCUAUUGUCAAGCGCAUCAUGAGCAAAGUACAUAUACAAGGUGUGAAGAAGAAUCUCAAAACGGGGGAAACGGUAUUUUAUGACUUGGUAGAACACACAAUACAGAAAGAUCCUGAUUUUAAAAGAAAAGUAUCUGUCAUACGGGACUUGCGUGAAAUGACCAGCAAGGUCCUUCAUUACUAUAAAGGAGAUUUCUUAGAUGAGCUUCCUGGGCUGGUUGAUUUCACUGUAGUGCUCAAUCUUAGUUUAAAACAGAAGCAUGAAGUUCAGAAGUUGAAGAAAUUGGCUCGGAAAUUCAAGAGAAGUUCUGUGGGCAGUGCCGUUUAUCUUCACCCAAAGUUGAACACAGUCUCUGAGAAUUGUACCUUGACUGAUGACAAGAUGGAUGAGUUCUUAGAGAAAUUAGAUGUGAGAGAUGGAGCCAAAGCUAAAUUCUUCCUAAAUAUGAUGAGCCUAUGCGAGUCAGCUGGGGAAAAGUUACUGGUUUUCAGCCAGUACCUCCCACCAUUGAAAUUUUUGGAGAGACUAGUAGUGAAAGUGAAGGGUUGGGCUUUAGGAAAGGAGUUCUUUGUGAUCUCAGGUGAAUCAAGUUCUGAUCAACGAGAGUGGUCCAUGGAACGUUUCAAUAAAUCCACCGAUGCCAAAGUUUUCUUUGGAUCAAUUAAGGCAUGCGGAGAAGGAAUAUCUUUAGUUGGGGCAUCGAGGAUUAUCAUUUUAGAUGUUCAUCUGAAUCCGUCAGUUACCCGCCAAGGAAUAGGACGUGCUUUCCGACCAGGGCAAACGAAGAAAGUGUAUGCUUACAGAUUGGUUGCUGGGGAUUCACCAGAAGAGGAAGAUCAUAGCACAUGUUUUAGGAAAGAGGCUAUUGCAAAGAUGUGGUUCGAGUGGAAUGAAUAUUGCGGUUAUCAGGAUUUUGAAGUCGAGAAAAUCGAGUUGAAAGACUCUGGUGAUUCCUUCUUAGAGAGUCCGCUAGUUAGGGAAGAUAUAAGGGAAUUGUACAAAAGGUAGUUUCUGACUUGGGAGAUCUGAAGCAGUAUAAAAGGCGGCAACGGUUUGUUACUUGUUUUCUUGUCUUUGACCUUCAUCGAGCCUGAAACUUGGUGGUUCUGUGGAUGAUCUUUUAGCAUAAUAGGAUCUAGUUUGUUAAUACCGUUACAGGUUCAGUUUAACCUGAAUUUCUUGGUAGACUUUUCUGAAAUAUCUGUGCUUAUCAGCCUUUUUUUUGUCUCUGUACAGGAAACAUAUGCAUGAAAGAUGUAAAUUGCAGUUUUGAUUUUUUUUC